UAACUUGCUGUAAAAAUAAUCCACAGGGUAAUCUGAGACCAAGAAGGGGUAGAUUUCCAACACCUUGUUAUCCUUUUCAGUUCCUUCACAUGGAUUUCAUAGAACUGAAUCAAUGUAGGACUUACAAGUACUGUUUAGUACUUGUAGAUCCUUUUACAAAAUGGGUUGAAAUUAUUCCAUCGGCAAAAGCGGAUGCACUGACGGUUGCAAAAGCCUUAUGUAAGACCAUAAUUCCUAAUUAUGGCAUUCCAGAGAAGCUGUGGAGUGAUAAUGGACCACACUUUGUAAAUGAGAUAGUAUCUAAGGUGUCUCAAAAUUUAGGCAUUGAACUGAAGAACCAUUGUGCAUACCACCCGCAGAGUGCAGGGUUAGUGGAAAGAACAAAUGGGACGAUAAAAAAUAGGUUGAGGAAAAGCAUGGCAGAAACGGGGAGACCUUGGGUGGACUGUAUAGACCUAGUGAAAAUGUACAUGCGCAUAACACCAUCAGAAUUAGGACUUACUCCGUAUGAAAUAUUAUAUGGCAGACCAUUCAGGCUGCCUGUAUAUACGGAGGAAGAAAAGGCAGAAGAGAGCUGUGAUUUGAGUGACUGGAUGAGGAAAUUUUUACAAAGUAAACAAGUAAUUGAUGCUAGUAAACUGCCAGAAGCAUCUUCUUUCUCUUCACAGGUGCCACUGAUACAGCCAGGAGACUGGGUGCUGGUCAAGGUCAUCAAACGGAAGUGCUGGUCAAACCCGAGGUGGGACGGUCCAUAUCAAGUUCUACUGACCACACCAACAGCAGUGAAAAUCGCUGAAAGAUCUACGUGGAUUCAUCUGAGUCACUGCAAGAAGGUGGAGCCACUUACUUCGGAGUAAAGGUGGAAGUCUGGUUACAAAGGGGGAAAUUCCUUAUAGUGGUUUUUUCGUCUCAACCCAGUGAAGACAACAACUGAUCCCUACUCCUUUAGAAUGGCGCCCUUCUGCAGCCUCAUAAUUAUUUUCAGCGUGAGCACACUGCUAAUUUUAGGAGCAACAUCUUCAUUAAAUUACACCCAGUACCCACAUGAAUAUGCAACCAAUGAAUGGUGGCAGUUAAUGAAUGUCACAGCUCAUGUUAAUAAUUGGACAAAUUGUUAUGUGUGUGCACAUAUGCCAGUGGCAGGACACAAUACUGGACUGAGGCCUUACAAUGUUAGCUGGGAGCACUCAUGGUGUCUCUAUGGGUUGGCUACACAUCCAGGGAGAAGAGCUAAAUGGAGUGAAGCAAAUUUUACCUCAAUUCUUAACGUAAAGGGGAUAAGUUCUCCCAUUAAUAGAAACUGUUCUAUGUUAACAGAUUUGCUCACUUGGCCCCAGUUAGCUAACCCCCUUCCUGAGGUACUGAUGUUGACUCAUUUGCCAGAGAAAGCUUUUCCAGCAUGUGUUAUAGCAAAUGGAACCAUCAAGGUGGGUAGAUUACCAGCCACUCUCUGUAAUGCUACCUAUUCGUACUGUCCACCAACAGAUGAGAGACAAUGCCUGACCUGCCUCAAAAAUAUUGCUUGUUAUAAUAAUCUAACUGUACGGAGGAAGGAAUGUCAGUCUGACCUGGCCUACAGAAUACAGAUGGACACUGGAGAGCUGAGUCAGUGCUCACGAGUAGCACCAGGACCCAAGGGAACAAGAGUGUUAGCGGAUUGGUAUUUCAUCUGUGGUCACAAAGCAUACGUGUCCCUUCCCCCAGAUUGGGGAGGCCUGUGUAGUGUUGCAUAUGUGUCAGAUCAUGUCUUUUUCAUGCAGUACCAGGCCAGUCAUACACAUCACAAGACGAAGCGACAGGUUGGAGAGUGGCUCACGAGCCAUUCAGAAGUCCCAGAGGAGCUCCGGAUUUGGGGAGUCGGAGCGAAGAUUGCCCAGUCUAUCUUUCCAGGAAUUGGACUGGGAUUUGUGCGUGACCAAGUGGAAAUAAAUCGCUAUGCACUAUUACGUCUGAUGAAGAUGAUGCUGGUGGAGCCAUAAGGGAGGCACUCGACAGACUGACUGAAUUACAGAAAUAUGUACAACAGCACACUCAGGAAAGCCAGAGUGAUUGGUUUUCCUGGCUAAAUGCGGGAACUUGGUGGCAGGUAUUGUUAAAAUGCCUGACUCCUGUUUUGUGUGUGUUAGUGUUGAUUUGUGUGUUUACAAUGUGUAUUCUGCCCUGCAUCAGAUCCAUGAUAACAAAGAUUUUUACUGGUUAUGUUGUGUCAUAUUUGCAGCUUCAGAUGGUCGACCAAGACGCUGAAAUGCCUGAGGAUAUUUUGUAAAUAUGUAUAUAUUUGGCAAUGAAUGAAACCCACACUGAAAAUGUGCAAGCAAGUGGUGUGGCGUGGAAAAAUAUGCCAGUGAAGUUAUGAUAAACAGGGGGGAAAUGUUGGAGUUAUGGUAUAAAUUCCAUUCUGUUUAUUAUAAAUUAUCAUAUCUUCUGUUUGUAUAUUUUCUAUAAGUUGUUUUAUGUGCAUAUGAUACUGUUGUUUUUAUGUUUGAAAUGGGAACACG